UCUGUGGAACACAGGAAGAGGCAACCAUGAAUAAUAGCACCGAGGCAGUCUCUCUAUGACUUGCUUUCAUUCCAUUUUGUGGGUUCUGAGAUGGCUGAUGAUGCUAAGGUGGGAGCUGCAGAUUCCUCUGGAUGCGGCAGGAAGCCAUUGACAGGAUAUUCACAGAGACUUUCUGGUACAUUCUCUCGAGUCUUGAGAUGAACAAGUCGAUGAGUCACGGUGUUGGUCAUCACGACAUGCACAUGUCCUCUGGUGGCCAUGGGCACAACUCAACACCUGCGCCAGGGCCUGGCCAUGGACAUGGUUCUGGUGGCAUGAUGCAAAUGACAUUCUACUUUGGAUACAAAGGCGUGGAGCUACUCUUCCCUGGGGUGUUGAUCAAUUCGGUUGGAGGGAUGAUUGGAGCCUGUGUGGUUGUCUUCCUGGUUGCAAUAAUUUAUGAGGGUCUGAAAAUCAGUCGAGAAUGUUUGCUUCGGAAAUCGCAGGUUAAUGUCCGUUAUAACUCCAUGCCUGUUCCUGGACCAAAUGGGACAGUGUUAAUGGAAACACACAAAACUGUUGGACAGCAGAUGUUCAGCAUUCCCCACCUCAUCCAGACUGGACUGCAUAUUGUACAAGUUGUCAUCAGUUACUUCCUCAUGCUGGUCUUCAUGACCUACAAUGGUUACCUCUGCAUCGCAGUGGCAUUGGGCGCAGGUGCUGGAUAUUUUCUCUUUAGCUGGAAGAAAGCUGUUGUGGUGGACAUUACAGAACACUGUCAUUAACGCCAGCUAGCAGUGGCAAUCCUAAAGAAUGAAUGUCCUCAGUACAACGGUCUAAUACACAGACACAAUAAUAUACCUAUAUAUAUAUAUAUAUCAAAUCUAUCUUCCCCUCUCUUUUAAUGUGUGUGUUCAGACUCUAGUUUAAAGACUAUUUGUUUAUUUUUGCACCUUAAUUACCAUCAGGGAAUGGUUGCCAUUUACCUUCCUGCAGACUGAUACUGAUGCAUGAUGUAUUGGUGCUGAGGCAACUGCAAAGACUGAAGUCUGAGCACAGAUUAAACCCACCAGUCAUUGAUUUAUCUGGAGUCACGUGUAAAGUAGUUACCUUCUCUCAUACUUUGUAACAUUCUCAUCAAAUUAUUUGUUGGAUUCUAGUUUGACUAUUAAUGCAUUAAUCCCAUUGAUUUUAAUUUAGAAAUAGUUGCCUCAAAUGUUUUUUUUUGUUGAAGAGAGGAUCAACAUAAAAAAAAAAUGGUUAGUGUCUAAAAUGAGGCUCUGCUUGGUCAAUUAUCCCUCUCUGCCUGCCUCUGCCCACCUCUGCAAGCGUGGCCGUCUCUGCCCACUUCUGCACACGUGGCCGUCUCUGCCCACCUCUGCACACGUGGCUCUCUGCCCCAGCCAUGCCUUCCCAUGCUCUCUUGACCAAUACUUAACAACUAUUGAUAGUCACUUAAUAACUAGUGUCUAUAUAUAACUUUCGAUCAUUUCAUCCUUAAAACAUUCAUAGUAUAUUUUGAUGACGUUAUUGGUAUCUGAUUUUUCAUGAACACUUUUCAAUUUUUAAAUCUAAACCAAGAAACACAUCCACGAGGAAAUCUGCAGAUGCUGGAAAUUCAAGCAACACACACAAAAAGUGCUGGUGAACCAGGCGGGCCAGGCAGCAUCUAUAGGAAGAGGUACAGUCGACUUUUCAGGCCGGGACCCUUAGUCCUGAUGAAGGGUCUUGGCCUGAAAUGUCGACUGUACCUCUUCCUAUAGAUGCUGGCUGGCCUGCUGUGUUCACCAGCAUUUUUUAUGUGUGUUGCAAGAAACAUAUCUGUAUUUUUCACCUCUCUAUCGUCCAGCCUCCAUACCAGCCUGUCGUCCAAUAAAAUAGUCUGAACUUCAGAUAUCCUUGAUUUGUACUUGUGCAGUGGACUUGUAUUACUUUUAAACUUGCAUAUUGAUUCCAGAUUGCUGUGUGGAAUCACUUGGUAGUUAUGAUAGGAAUUUUAUUCCUUAUUGGCACGGAGAGAAUUUAUAUUACUGUCAACUGGAGGACUGGAAGACUCCUUUUAAUUUUCUUAGAUGCUGCUGAAUCUGCACAGGCAUAGUACAAAUCUUUUUCUGGGACCAAUAGGAAUGAACAUAGUCUUCCUGAAUUUAUUUUUAAAUGUAUUUUUAAUAAGCUUGGGACUAUCAUAGGCUUGACCAAUUAAGUGAUUAGUCUACAUUACUGGAAAGAGGAGUCAAGUCCUUACGACUAAAGCAGAAAAGAAAAUGCUGGAGCGGCUGGGGGAGCUCUUGUGAGAAGAGAAAGAGAGUUAACAUUUCAGGUCAAUAAUCAUUUGUUAGCUUAUCAAAACAUUUUCUGAGGAAAUUGUCUGAUCCAAUGUAGGUAGAUGACUUAAAUUGUUAAAUGGUUCUCUCUCCUCCAAUGAUGCCUGACCUGCUGAGUAUCUUCACCUUUUUAUUUUUAUUUCAUUAUCUACAAUUCUUUUGUUUUCCUUAAAAUUACUUGUCCUGUUUCAGUUCUAAAUGAUACGGAAAACAUUUUUGAUGCCUUCUUCACAUAAUCAUUUGAAUGGGAAAACUGUCUGUAAAGCAACGAUGUGGAUUUCUGUGGUUCUGCUAGAAUAAAAUGGGUAACGUCCUUUUUCAAAUAACUGUACUGAAGUUUCACACGCUGGGAUAAUCUGUCAUAUCUCGAGCAGUUGAGUUUGUAGUCUGUUCCAUCAUGGAGAUGUCACGGUUAAAUGAGAAUGUUGCUUUCAUUCUGCAUCUUCCGCCGGGUUAGUGGAUUGCUUGGCUUUUUCCCUAGCCUUACUCUGACCUACAAUGGUGAAUGUAGAACACCAAAAUAUUCUCCUCCAAGGGUCACUUUACUGUUUGGUUUCUUAAGACAGCGGACAAUGUGCUUGCUCAUUGAGCCGCCUUUUAAGUCAUGUCCUUCUCCCCAAUAGAACUUAAAGGGCAGCACCGUUCAACAAGUGGUAAAGUGUUAGGGAAGUAAAGAAAAGUGAAAUACUUCCCCAUCUGAGCUGCUAAUUAUUCCAAGAACCGAACUAUUUCAUUGGUUUGGAUUAUUGCCGCCUUUUGAUGGUCCACUGCUCUCUUUUGUUAUUGAUAUAUGGAUUAUAGCUGAUGGAAUGAGUACUGCAGUCAAAUACUUUUGUUGCAACACAUCCACUUUAUUCUUAUGGAGGUAAUUAGAGCAGGGUGGAAUUUUAAUGUACUGUUAUUUGUUUAAAAACUGAGGCACUAUGCAUUUUGACUUGAAGCUUGCUGUCAGAAAAAUGGGGAUACUAAGUGGAAAAAGCCAACACUUUGUUAAUCAGAUCCAUCCAUGUUACCAUUGGUGCUCUUUUGAACCAAUGUAAGAAUGGAACAGAGUUUAGUUCUGCAGAAAAAUAAACUUGAUUUAUUUGGCUGUGUACAACUGAAACACUACAAAUCCUGACUAGUUUGGUGAUGACCCAGUCAUUUAGGGGUGAAAAUACUGAUUGAUAUUACAUGUAAUUCUAGAACAAACUUUGAAUAAUGUAGCUGUGCUAUUCUUGCAACAUGCUGAAGAAAUCAAUUUUUAAUGUAUAGUUAUCCACCAUGUCAAUUUUUUCAAAAUAAUUCUGCCUUUAUCUUGCCCCUUUCUCUUAGUCUGUUUUUGUAAAUCUUGAAAUAUCAAGUACCUCUGGCUGGCUUAGUGCUUUGCGUAGACAGGGCGGCUCACAGUGACCAACCUGCAGCUGAUGACCACAAUGUGCAGGAUGCAGAUUUGUGUCGCAAUUCACAAUGUCCUUUGGGCUGGUCAGUGGAGAGUUACACACCUGCAUCAAGGUGCAUGUACGUCUGAAUCUUUCUGGAGUGAUUUGAAAGAAACUUGCUUUCUUGAAAGAAAUCAAUUUAUUAAAAUGUAAACUUUCCCAAAAGAACAAGUGGAAGGAAGUUACUGGGGAUUUUUGAAAUGAAAUUUGGCUCCAGACUGUAUAUACUGGUUAUGCACUGUUGGUUUCUAUGCUGCCUUAUCCUGGAUUAGACGCUGAUGUGUAAUUGAUUGUGCCAUUUCACAUCCAUUUUGCCAAAAAUCAGCACUGAUGGAAAAUUUUAAACACAAAGUAUUUUAUUUCUGGGAUGAAUGACCAACCAAAUGUAUAAAUUGUGAAAGAUCUGACUAGGAAAUUCUGUACUUAUUUGUAGUAGUUUUAGAUUUAUCAACCUUGUUUAAGGUGCUACACAUCACCUCUUGCUGCACUUUUCCCAAAUAUUCCUCCAUGUUCAUUUGAAGCUCAGUGCCUUCAGUAUCUCCUCAAAUCAUGAGCAAAGAUUUCCAUAGUUUACACCUUUCAUUGUUUCUCUGUGGUCUGGCUAAUUCAUAGAAGUCCUGAUGACUCCUCUGACACCCCAACACCUUAGUGUUACAAUGUUACCUUUGUGGUGAUUUUUCAUGAUCAGUACUUUUGAUAACCAGUACUUUUGAGAGCUGUAUAAUUUUUGCCGGAAAAAAUGUAUCAUGCUUAUUUUCAAUAAAUGUUU